UUUCAGGUAUUGUCAAAGAUGAGAGUGCUGGAGACACUAGGUGUUGUAGUUUUACUGACUCUAACUCAGAUAUGGAGCACUCAGUCACAAGAAUGCAAUAUAAAUGCAAUAUCCUCUCCUUCGGCAUCAUCGCUGUUGGUUCAGUGGAACAGACUUCCGGGAGUAACAAAUUAUUUCUUGGACCUUCGGGUUGUGAACGACACAAAUACAGCUCCAGUUGUAACGUCGGUCCCCGGGAGUCUGUCGAUGAAAGAGGUGUUUGGCUUGAAGACGGGGACACUGUACACGGUCACAAUUAAAGGGUUUAUGUAUUAUACUGUUUUGUGUGUUGAUACAAAAAUAGCAAGAACAGCACCGGGUACAUCUCAGAUAACCUAUUCAAAGUCAAUAUCAAGCACAGCCAUCUGGCUAGAAUGGGAGUGGGUGCAAACAGCACUACAAUACAUUUUGAUGAUAAAUUCAACGUCGACAGGGGAACGGUACAACUUCACUUAUGUAAAUAACAGCACGCUAAUUGGAAAUCUUCGACCGGCCACUACGUAUGACUGUUAUGUGGUCACAUCCAAUGCUGGAGGUCUAGGAGCAAAAAGCAAAGUACGGACGGUCACUACAUUGAUCCAGCCUCCAGCCGUGGUCACAGUGCUACAGACGGGCCCCCAGUCUGCCCGCAUCAGCUGGCAACCUGUGGACAAGGUUCUAGUCUACAACCUUACCAUCAAAAACUGGAAUUCGAUAAACACUACACUAUAUUCAAGCACUGUGUUCAACAACACACUAGAGAUGACCAGUAUGUCACCUUGCUCUUCAUACCUAAUCUCAGUGUCAUCAAUUAAUGCCCUCAUGGAAGUUGGAGAACCCAGGCAGAUCAACUAUACAACAAGCACUCUGGGUCCAGUGACGUCAGUCUCGGUGGACUACAGCUGUGCUACAAAUUCAGCUUCAGUCACUUGGACAACUGUGUUUGGAGCCACUUCUUACCGUGCCACUGCCGUAAGUCGCAGUGGUACAGUUCUGUCCUGCACAUCGAACAAUACAAUGUGCCAACUUGUAAAGCUAGCAUGUGGAGAAAACUACAUCGUACACGUUAUCGCACAGUCCAACAACUGUGAAAGCACUGGCAAUGCCACCACAUCCUUCCAAACAGCUCCCUGCGCUCCCUCCAAUCUGAUGCUGUACCGGGAGUGCAGCAGCAAUGUCAUCAUCUUUUCUUGGGCUCCAAAUAAUUACUCUGCUUACUACUUUGCGAGGGCUGUUGACUCGGUCGGAAAGGUCAUGGAAUGCAUGACUACAGACACAUCUUGCUUCUUUACUGACACCACAUGUGGACGCCUUUACAACUUCACCGUCUCGGGCUCUUCAUCUUCAUCUAAACAGCAGUGCAACUCCCCAUCCAGUUCAGCGAUUCAAAUACGAACUGCACCCUGCCCACCAAGGAACAUGCGCACGUCCACCGACUGUCAGACAGAUGUGUUGACCAGCAGCUGGGAAGGUGCGGAUGGAGCCCUACGGUACACAGUGGAGGCUUUUGGCAACCGUGGAAAUCAGAGCUACUAUACGUGUAGCUCAUUGAAGCAGAGCUGCACGAUCACCGGCAUAAACUGUGGAGAGAGUCUUACCAUGAUAAUCACUGCUGCUGAUAAUGAGUGCUCCAGUGUUCUGUCUCUGGGGGAAGUAGGUCAGACUGCUCCCUGCAAACCUCAAAGUCUGUCAGCAGUGGUGGACUGUGGCUCAGAUUCUAUCUCUCUGACAUGGGAGGCCUCAUUAGGUUCUGUAUUCUACAUGGCCACUGCAGUGGAUCGCUUUGGAACUGCUUACACUUGCAGCUCAAUGGAUGUACGUUGCCAGAUCACCGGGCUGAGCUGUGAAUCGAAUUACACAGCUUUUGUCAUGGCAUCCGAUAUCAGAUGCAACAGCUCUGUCAGUGACAACAUCACUGUACAAACAGGUCCCUGUCCCCCUCAGGGUGUUCAAGCUGUGCUGGACUGUCAACAAAACCAAGCACUGGUGAGCUGGAAGGGAUCUCCAAGUGUGAUUUCCUUCAUUGCCACUAUGCAGGACGAGGCUGGAGGGUUACUCAGCUGCAGCACCACAGCCAGCAGCUGCCGGAUCUCCAACCUGAAGUGCGGACAAGUUUAUGGCAUUAGCGUCCUACACCAUGAUGGAAUUUGUCCCAGUAUGUCUUCCCGUGCCAUACAAAUGAGGUCCGUACCGUGUGGUCCAGCACAUGUCCGGGCUGAUGUCCAGUGCCCCUCAGGUCUUCUCUCGCUCAGCUGGGAUCCAACAGACGGUGCUGCAGGUUAUAUUUCCACUGUGGUUUCCGGAAGCACUGGGAAGCUGCUUUACUGCAACUCUAGCGUGCCGUCCUGUAACAUGAGCAAUCUGCAGUGUGGAGAUUCAUACUCCAUAAAGCUCCAGUCAUACAACAGCUCCUGUCUGAGCAUGCUCAGUGCACCUGUAGUGAUCAGAGAGGUGCCCUGUGUGCCCACUAACGUUACGGCUACACGGACCUGUGGCAACAGCUUGGUGAAUGCAUCAUGGCAAGCAAGCCGUGGUGCUUUAUCUUAUGUUGCGUUUGCUGUGGGCGAAGAUGGACACUAUACAAACUGCUCCUCCAACACUACAUCAUGUAGCUUCGCUGACCUGCACUGCAGCACCAUGUACUCCAUCAGUGUGAGCGCUGUAGAUGGGAACUGCUCCAGCCUGCAGAGUCAGAACACUACCCUGCGCACAGUUCCCUGUUCACCCACUAAUGUAAAGAGCGUUGUGAAUUGUAGCAUCAACUCCGUCUCUCUGUCAUGGAGCGCCAGUCUUGCCGCUGUUUCCUACAGAGGCUCAGCAUUGGGCAAAGAUGGCCAGAAUAUCACAUGUGAUACCAAAACUCCAGGGUGCCAGUUAAGCGGCCUGCAUUGUGGACAGGAGUAUGUGUUUGUCGUAAGUGCUUCUGAUGGCACAUGUGACAGUCCAAACAGUGCAGAGAACAGACACCAGACAGCACCUUGCGCCCCUCAGAUUGUGUCCAGAUUCGUGGACUGUUCCACUAACAGCCUGAACGUCAGCUGGGCUCUGGGUGUCACAGCUCUAAACUACACUGUCCUGGCCACCACAGCAGGUGGCGCUGUGCUCAACUGCACCACGCAGAGCUCUAGUUGUAUUGUCACUGGCCUGGACUGUGGUAAGAACUACACUGCCAUCAUCACAGCAUCCAAUGGAGAGUGUCAAGGGCCAGGGAGCCAGAGCCGUCCUGUCCAAACAGUGCCGUGUAUUCCCUCAUCUGUCCGUGCCAAUGUGGAGUGUGUGAGCAACACUGUGAAGGCAUCAUGGGGUCCCACAGCCGGAGCAUUAUCCUACAACGGUGUCCUGACCGGCCCAGGCCAGUACAAUCAAUCCUGCACGACCUCUGACCUCUCCUGCUCUUUCAAGGGCCUGACCUGCGCACAGACCUACAUGCUAAACGUCAUCUCUCAAGAUAAUCAGUGCCACAGCUUAGCCGGCUCCAACGUCUCUGUGACAACAGCUCCCUGUGAUCCUGAGAACGUGACCGCAGUGCUGAAGUGUGACUCACAGGCGGUACAUGUGUCGUGGCAUGCUUCUGCUGGUGCCAGUGUGUACACAGCCCUGGCAAACACACAGAAUCAGAGCAUUUCUUCAGUUUCCUGCCAAACCUCCAACACUUCCUGUGACCUCACGCCGCUCCACUGCGGGGAGGUUUUUAAUGUCACCGUGCUUGCUAAUGAUGGAACCUGUAACAGCUCAGCAUGGGCCAGCACUACACUGGAAACAGCACCGUGUCCUCCAACAAUGAGGUCUCCUUCACUGAACUGCAGCACUAAUGUGGCCCUGGUUUCCUGGGUGAAGGACCCAGAUGCAUUGUGGGUAAAGGCCAAUGCCACGUCUGUCCUGGGACCCACGGCCUCCUGCAACUCCUCUGGCAUCAGCUGUUCCCUGGACUCUUUGCAGUGUGGUCAGACCUACAGUGUGUACGGUGUAGCCCAGGGCCCGCAGUGCUGGAGUUCACCCAGUGCUCCAUUCAGUGUUAUCACAGCCCCAUGCACCCCUGCAGCAGUGAGCUCUAACUACAGCUGCGGGACCAGCACUGAGCUCAGCUGGACUGACAGUCUGGGCCGAGAGAGUUUCUAUGCAUAUGUGGAGACAAGCGGACACUCGGCCUCCUGCGUUACAAACCAAACCCACUGUGCCAUCAACACGCUGAUGUGCGGGAGCCUUUAUAAUGUCUUUGUGCAGUCCAUUUCUAGUCACUGCAACAGCAGCUAUGCAGCACGCACGCAGCUACAGACAGCUCCUUGUGCCCCACAGAAUGUGACUGUAGCACUACAGUGUACGAAUAACACUGCCUUCGUGUCCUGGAAUGGAAGUCCUGGGGCUGUGGGUUAUAAUGUCACGGCGUUGGGCCACGAUGGGGAUUUCAAGUUCAGUAUUGUCAAUGGAACCAGCUGUCAACUACCCAGCAUGCACUGCAGUCAGAUCUACGACAUUGUGAUUACACCCUUCUCUAGGACGUGUUCGGGAUUCCCAUCAGCUACAUACACUUUCAGUGCAGGUUCUUGUGCUCCCAGUGAUGUGCAAGUUUCUCUACAAUGCAAUGGUAAUGUCGGAUUUGUCCGCUGGACUGCCGCCAAGAAUGCUGAAAUGUACAUUGCCACAGCAACCGGUAGAAAUGGCUCUAGCUACACUUGCACAUCCAAUAGCACCAACUGCACCUUCAGCCAACUGCAGUGUGGUGAUAACUACACCGUUACUGUUGUUACGGUGGACCGUGGUUGCAAGAGUCAACCCAGCACACCAGUCAGUCUACAAUCAGCUAUCUGCCCACCUUCGAAUCUGGCCAGUCACACCAGCUGCGCUACUAAUGACAUCAGCAUCACGUGGGACCCGAGCCCUCAGUUGGGAGUCACCUACUUCCUAUUCAUCAGUCAGAUCAACGGGCUGAAUUCCACCGUCAGCAAAGUGACAACAUCACACAAUUUAACAGGGUUACACUGUGGGAUGAGCUUCAUUGUACAAGCGGCUGCUCAGGACAGCGCCUGCACCAGUCCCUACGGAAGUCCAAUACAGAUCUACACAGCUCCCUGUUCAGCUAGUAACUUGACAGCUGCUCCUAGCUGUGGCACAAACAUGGCUGCCAUCAGCUGGCAGCCUGGAUUAGGGGCAUACUCCUACACUGCCAAUGUGGUUGGAAACAAUGGACAAACUGUCUCCUGUACUUCCAACACCACAUCCUGUUCUGUGAAGGUGGACUGUGGAAAUACCUAUACAGCUACAGUGGUUUCCACUGUUGGCUUCUGCAACAGCACUUUUAACAACAGCAUUCAUUUUGAAUCAGCCCAAUGCCUGCCAAGUAAUGUGGUGGCACAGCUAGACUGCAACAACACACUAGCUGUACAUUGGGAUCGCAGUGCAAGCAACCCCGACUCCUACACAGCCCUGGCUAUUGGUGCAGAUGGCACUCGGGUUUCCUGUAAUACGAGUUCAACUUCCUGUACCAUUACGAACUUAAGAUGUGGCCGCACAUACAGCAUUGCUGUAACAACAUCCAAAACUAGCUGUGUAGUUGAUGGUUCAGACUACCACAUCCAGACAGCCCCCUGCCAACCGCACAGUCCAUCUGUUCACCUGCAGUGCAGCACUAACAUUGCUACAGUAACAUGGGACAAUAAUCAAGCAGAUCAGUUUGACAUGGUGACUGCACUCAACUUUACGGGCGGUAUGACGAUGUGUAACAGCACAAACAGGUCCUGCACAUUCACACAGCUGAGCUGUGGAGAGUCGUACACACUCAGCGUGGUUGGAUUCAACGGAAAUUGCACCAGUUUGCCCAGCGAGACCUUCAGCCUCAACACAGCCCCCUGUGUGCCCACCUAUGUUGUGGCGACAACAAACUGUGACACAUCCAUCACCACUGUAACCUGGGAUUCUGCUCGUGGUGCCAGCAAAUACAUUGUUCAGGGCAACAGCACAUUGGGGAAACACAGCACAUGCUCCAACACAGAUACGACCUGCUCUUUCGCAGACCUGGAAUGCGGACAGAAUUACACCAUAACAGUCACCGCCGAAGACAACAAUUGCACGAGCUUGACCAGCGCACCUAUCAAUGUUACGACAGUUCCAUGCCCACAGUCUAAUCUACAAGCAACUCUGGACUGUAGCACAGACUCGGCUCUGAUCUCAUGGAUGCCCGGUAAUGGUAUUCUGAAUUAUAGUGCUUCUGCAGAAGGGUUUGAUGUAAAUCAUAAAGUCAGCUGCAGUACAUCUGGCUCCUCCUGCAAUGUCACCAACUUGCACUGUGGCAACCGUUACCAAGUUCUUGUGGAGGGUGAAGGGCUCACUUGUCCAUCCCAAUCAGAUGAAUGGAUUGCCCUUAAAACAGCACCAUGUCCACCGGCUCAGGUAUCCAUCCAAUCGUCUUGUACCUCAAACACUGUGUCCGUUUCCUGGCAAUCCUCCCAGGGCGCCUUGACAUACAUGGCUGUCGCUGAGGACAAUGGAGGUCAUAAGGUGACUUGUGACACUGCCCAGCUGACCUGCAAUAUCACUGGCCUGCAGUGCGGACAGACUUAUCAGAUUUAUGUAUCUGGUGUGGAUGGCAACUGUACUGGUCCCAAGAGUGAAGUUCACGUUCUUGAAACAGCCCCUUGUGUGCCACAGAAUGUGCAGACUAUCCUGAAGUGCCAGUCCUCUGUUCUCAACAUUACCUGGCAGCAGCAAGGUCAAGCCAAUUAUUACCAUGCCACAGUGAAGAGCAGUGAUGGUAAAGUAUUGGGGUGUGAUUCUAAUGUGACUCAAUGCCAAGUUCCCCACAUCCGCUGCGGCUUGACUUACAGCGUGACAGUGGUCGCUUAUAGUCAAACCUGCAACAGUUCACAAAGCUCUGUGCAACAUGUCACUUCAGCCGCCUGCCCACCACGUAUGGUCUUCCCAUACUUGGACUGUGACUUAAACACCUUAUUUGUGUCCUGGGACUCUAGUGUUGAUGGUGUCCUCUACAUUGCGAAGGCCUUUUACUCCAAUAACAACCACGAUUACUACAUGUGUAACACCACAGAGACCAGCUGCAAUAUCAGUCUGAGAUGUGGCAUGAAUUAUAAUCUGACAGUAGUACCAUUAAGAGAUGGCUGCAUUGGGGCAAAUUCACCAGUUCACCAUGUUAUUGCAGCUCCUUGUGCUCCGCUUAUGUUGGAUGUUGAGAUGGACUGCUUGUCUGAUUCGGCUUGGCUGACGUGGGAAGAGUCAACUGGGGCGGAGCUCUACAUUGCCACGGCAAUGGACAGUGAUGGACAGUUGUACCAGUGUAACUCAACUGAGAACCAGUGCACAGUGGAAGAGCUAGAAUGUGGAAGAUUCUACAACUUCAGUGUCACUGCUUCUAACAUUCAGUGUGAUAGUCUCAUCAUCAACACUUUGGAGUCCCAAACAGCCCCUUGUCCACCUCAAAAUGUGAUCACCUCAGUGGGUUGUGACACUGGUUCAGUGACUGUGUUUUGGGAUGAGAGCGUUAGCGCAUUAAGCUACACUGCUACCUUAGAGCGUACAGACGGACAGACCAUCUGCUGCACUGCAAACUCCACUUCCUGUGAGGUCACUUCAAUUCCUUGCGGACAGAUGUAUGUCCUGACAGUCACUGCUGAGGGACAAAAAUGCAACAGCUCUCAGAGCACCGAGGUCAUCGUACGUUCAGUACCCUGUAUCCCUGAGAGUCUGAAUUCCAAUACAAGCUGCACUGAUAAUGUAGCCACCAUGUCAUGGGUGAGCAAUGAAGCCGGUGAGCUCUACACAGUCCAGGCCAUCAGCACUGAUGGAGCACUGAUGGACAGCUGCUCAGCGUUUGGUCAAUCAUGCGAUCUCACGAAUCUAGUGUGCGGCGUGCCGUACACAGCCACAGUAAUAGCAGAAGACAGCAUCUGCAGCAGCGCUCCCAGCCAAGCUGCUCCUAUCAGGACAGUACCUUGUGUGCCGGAUUUUGUGACUGCUAAUGUGAUAUGCCAAUCGAACAGCCUGUUGGUGUCCUGGAAGAAAAGCAUUGGAGCAGAUUUAUAUACGGCUAUGCUUGAGGACAGCAGCGGCCACUUUACUAGCUGUCAGAGCAUGAACAACACCUCCUGUACAAUUAAUGGACUUCCCUGCGGUCAGACCUACCAUAUCAGUGUGAUAGCAUCUGACGGAUACUGCGAUAGUUUGCCUAGUGCUGUCAUUGACACACAUUCAGCUCCUUGUUUGCCUCGUAACAUUCUGGCACUAAUGGACUGUCAGUCUGGUUCGGCUAUACUGUCAUGGCAGCCAGGCACUGGAGCACUGCAAUACACUGCCACAGCAGUAGCAGAGUCUGGUCAGAAUGUCAGCUGUCAAAGCAACAAUACCAACUGUGAGUUGACAGGACUUGCCUGUGGAGAGACCUACAACGUCACUGUGUUAGCAAAAGGACAGACCUGCAGCAGUGUUGCAAGCAUGAACGGAAGCCUGAAGACAGGUCCUUGUGUACCUCAGCAUGCUGAAGUGCAAUACAGCCUGUCUAUCGGCCAGUUGUCCUGGGACAGAAGCAAAGGCGCUUCCAUGUUCACAGCACAGGCUUCCACUGAUCAGGGAUCAGUGCUCUCCUGUUCCACCAGUGACACCUACUGUGCUCUUUAUAACUUGUCUUGCAGUCAGACAUAUGAAAUCACUGUAGCCGCACACAACAACAUCUGCCACGGAGCUGCAGUGUCUGCAUCAACUUUUCUUGAAACAGAACCUUGCCCACCUCAUAAUGUCCAAACCCAUCUGAAUUGCUCAAGUGAUGUCGGCACGGUGUCUUGGGAAGUGAGUUUGGGGGCAGUGGCAUACAUGGUAUUCCUGGAGGGUCGUAAUGGUCAAAGUUUGUCUUGCCACACAACUGGUUCCAACUGUAGCGUGAAGGGGUUGAUCUGUGGUACUGUUUACAACACUCAAGUACGGGCUCUUGGAAGAACUUACAAUGGCACAGACAGCGAGACCGUGCUUCUCACAUCAGCUCCUUGUCUACCAGUUUCCAGUUCAGUCACUGUUGAUGUGAACUGUGAGCAUGACACAGCAAUGCUCAGCUGGGCAUGGAGUGGCGGAGCUGAAUCCUAUGAGCUCACUGCCACCAGUAACGAUGGCUACAUUUCCACCUGCAUUUCUCAAGAAAAUUACUGUAACGUUAGUAAUCUAGCCUGCGGACAGACAUAUAAAGUGAGGCUGACAGCAAUCAAUCAUGGAUGUCAGGUUACAGAGGAGACAGGAGUGACUUUCCAAACACGUCCAUGUGUUCCAAUGCAUGUAAAUGCAAAUCUCCAGUGCCAGUCUAACACAGCUGUAGUGACCUGGCAACAAAGCAGUGAUGUGCUAUACUACCUUGUUAGAGGCACCCUCAGCACUGGAGAUACAGCUACAGCUUGUAACUCUACAACUGAUGUGUGUAAUAUGACUGCAUUAAAGUGUGGAGAGGAGUAUGCAUUCACUGUCACGGCCUAUGGUAAACAGUGCAACAGUAACACCAGCAGCGCUGUGUAUAUUGCAACAGAACCUUGUCAGCCAGCCCAGCUGACAGCUACAGGAUCAUGUGACAAUAACACUGUUCAUCUGAACUGGAACAACAGCAGAGGUGCAUCGAGAUACACCGUGCUUAUCACAAGCAAUCUAGGAUACACAGAAUCCCUCCAAACAUCUGUACCUAUGCUAACAGUGGAUCUCCUCUGUGGACAAACCUACACCUUUAAAACAGUAGGGGAAAAUGAUAUAUGUGACAGCCUACCAAGCGCCCCUGCCAAUUUUAGGACUGCCCCAUGUGUGCCGUACAACACCAAUACCUUUGUGGAAUGCCAGAAUACCCUUGGUGCUGUCAGCUGGGCUGCCAGUGAAGGCGCAGAAAUGUACACCGCCAUUGCCACUGGACAGGAUGGCCACACAAACAUUUGCAUAACGAAUACAACGUCCUGCACCUGGGAGGACCUGCACUGCGGAGAAACGUAUGUUGUCCAAAUCAUCGCCAGUGCUCAAAUCUGCAGCAGUAAGCCAAGUGUAGGAACAAACAUCCACAUGGCUCCAUGCGUCCCUCACAAACUGGUGCCCUCGUAUGAUUGUGCCAUGAAAGUAGCUUCCCUCAGCUGGGCCGCAAGUGAAAGUGCUCAGAUGUACAUGGUGUCUGCAGAAUCAAACACCGGUCACCAGGUGGAACUCUCUACCAAUGACACAAGUGCACAGAUCUCUGAGUUCAAGUGUGGUCAGUCAUACUCAAUGACUGUGCAAGCUGUUGGACAUAUAUGCUGGAGCACAGCCAGCAAUGUUUCAGUGCUGCAGACAGAACCUUGCUCUCCGACAUCUGUCACUGGGUUUACGGAUUGCAUCUCCAACAUUGCUACAAUAUCAUGGGACUCAGCUGAUGGUGCCGAAUAUUACACGGCAACAGUGCAAGGCCCAACUGGGCUUUUGGGAACAUGCAUGUCGUGGUCAGCGAGCUGUGGCAUGACUAAACUGUCCUGUGGUGUAACAUACAAUGUUAGUGUAGUUGCUUCCAAUCGUCAGUGUAACUCAACACCCAGUGCCUUGUCUGCUCUAAACACAGUACCCUGUGUUCCUACAGGUGUGUCUGUGGUGAUGGACUGUGCAACUGCGGAAGCUCAUGUGUCCUGGAAUGCAAGCAUGGGGGCGAUGUACUACACUGUGUACGCCUGGAGCACAACAUUCAAUUUCAUAUCCUGUGAUAGCUCUGGACCUGAUACACACUGCAUUCUUAGUGAUCUGAUCUGUGGAGAUAAUUACACUGUUCAGGUGAUUGCUGUUGGAGAUCAAUGCUCCAGCUUGCCCAGUCAGACGGAACGCUUCCGAACAGUUCCCUGUGCCCCAGUAGUUACUGUUACACAGCUUGACUGCUACACUGACUCUGUACUGCUGCAAUGGAAACCCACCAUUGGUUCAAUUUCAUACACUGCUAAUGCCAGAACAACACAGGGGCUGCUUUCCACCUGCUCCAGCAACUCUACUAACUGUAAAUUGAGCAAUCUGACUUGUGGACAAACAUACAAUGUUACCAUGGUAUCAUAUGAUGGACAUUGUCUAAGCAGACCUGGCACACCUCUGGCAGUGCCGUCAGUACCCUGUCCACCCCAGAAUGUGCUUUCAAAUAUGCUCUGCUCUUUAAGUUCUGCCAAUGUGCAGUGGAGUCCAGCUAUGGGAGCAGAAUCCUAUGAGGUGCAUGCUAUUAGUGCAAAUGGCCUAACAAAUGGAUGCAACAGCACAAACACUUCCUGUGUUAUGCCUAAUCUUCAUUGUGGCUCCGUUUACAACAUCAGUGUGCUUGCCCUUGGUCAUCACUGUAAUGUGUCCAAGAGUGCAAUCACAACACUGCAUUCAGUGCCAUGUGUUCCCAGUCAAAUUCAUGCAAACCUGAGCUGUGGAUCUGGUAUGGUUGAUGUGUCCUGGCAGCCUAGCCUGGGAGCUUCGUCUUACAACGCUGUCGCUCAGGGCAAAGGGGGCUUUGCAUCAUCCUGUAACAGCAGUGGAACCACUUGUAAAUUGACUGAUCUUCUGUGCGGACUCACUUACAGCAUCAGUGUGUCGGCCUCUGAUAAUGUCUGCACCAGCGUACAGAGUAAUAGCAUAAGUCUGGACACAGUUCCAUGUAAGCCACAGAAAGUCAUCGGUCAGAUGGAGUGCAGCAGCCACACUGGAAUAGUGUCUUGGGAACAAGGGGAACUCGUUGCUUCGUACCUGGUCUUCGCAUCAAGUUCAGAUGGGGACCAAAAGCAUUGUACCAGUCCCACCACCAGCUGCAGAUUACCCAGCCUCCAUUGUGGCCAAACCUACAACCUCACAGUCACUGCACAGGAUAGCCAGUGUGACAGUCAAAAUGCCCUUGCACAGUUACAAUCAGUUCCAUGUCCACCUACCAGUGUGCAAGCAUCUCUUGUGUGCCUGUCUAACUCCGCGGCUGUAACUUGGCAAAGUGCCAGUGGGGCGCUGUCCUACCAGGCUGCGGGCAUCACAGUAGAUGGAGCCCAAAGAGCCUCCUGCAACAGCAAUGUGACGCACUGUAACCUGGAGCACCUGAGCUGUGGACAGACAUACAAUAUCUCUGUGCUUUCCAUGGAUCAAGCGUGCAGCAGUGAAUAUAGUUUGUUCACACAACUGACUACUGCACCCUGUCCUCCUCAGGCUGUAAAUGUGGUGGUGAACUGCUCUGCUGGCUUUAUGGCCAUCUCAUGGUCAGCCAAUCCAGAUGCACAAUCUUUUCGCGUGAAGGCAGUAAGCAGUGAAGGAACGUUCCUGUCCUGUAAUUCCACCAGCACCACCUGCUCAAUCUUUGGCUUGCCAUGCGGAGAGUCUUAUUCUGUCACUGUGACAUCGCUCAGAGGAGACUGUGAGAGCCAGCCCAGCACAGCUGUUAAUGUCACCUCAGCUCCUUGUGUGCCUCAAGGAGAGGCAGGAAACCUGGACUGCAUUACCAACUCAGUCUGGGUGACAUGGUUACAAGCAAAGGGAGCUUUGUCUUACUCUGUACUGGCUGUGGAAAAGCAAGGCGCUAACUCCAGCUGCUCAGCUACAACUCUGAACUGCAAUGUUCCUGGCCUGCAAUGUGGAGGAACGUACACCUUCUACGUCACUGCUCUGAAUUCAUUCUGUCAGAGCAGCCCUGGCACAAGCUUUCAGAUUCAGACAGCUCCAUGCUCUCUCACCUCCAUCACUGCACACACUGACUGUUACAGUAGCCACAUUACUGUUAGUUGGCAGCUGAAUGACAGAUCCUCAUUGUAUGUGGCCUCGGCUGAAGGAAAUGACCAUAGCAUUUUGAUGUGCAACAGCACAAGCACGUCCUGCGACCUCAUUGGCGCCAGGUGUGGAAUGCACUACACUAUUAUUGUCUCUGCGUCCUCCGACAAAUGCAGCAGCUUGCGAAGCCCACCUUUCGAAAUGAGCACAGCACCAUGUGUUCCUCAGAAUGUAGUACUUAAUUCCAUGUGCGACUCAAAUGGCAUGAUGGCAUCGUGGUCACCAUCUCUGGUUGCACAGUCAUACUUGCUCACGGCCAGCAGUAGUGACGGAGAUGUGCUGACCUGCAAAAGCACCACAAACAACUGCACCCUGCCUCACCUGCACUGCGGACAGGUUUACAAUGUCAGCAUAACUGCUUCUAAUAACAACUGCACCAGCCCGGCCAGUCAGCAGGUCAACUUCCAUACUGUGCCUUGUGCGCCACCGAAUUUGUCUGUGGCAGUGCAGUGCGACACCAGGACUGCCACGCUCUCCUGGGGAAAGAGCCAAGGCGCUCUACAGUACUUCUCAUGGGCCAAAACCCUGGAUGGGCACACAAUUUGCUGCAACACCACUAACACUUCCUGUAGCAUCUCCGGACUGACCUGUGGGACGCUCUACAACUUCACAGCGUUGUCUUCAGAUGGAACCUGUAACAGCUCCCAGACUGCUCCGAUCCAGAAGGGAGCAGUGCCAUGUCCUCCGAGCAGCGUGAGAGUGAGGACUCAUCUGAUGGACAAUGCCACUCUAAUCAGGGUCGACUGGAAGUUUGUUGACUGUCCAAACGUUACAUACCUUGUGCGAGUGACCGGCUACAUCCAGCAAAACCCACAGACCAGCAUGGACGUGUCCUCCUACUGGACAAAUGUUAACUUCUUUGAGAUUCCUGUACCCUGCAGCACUUCUUACAAUGUGACAGUCUUUGCACAAAACUCAGCUGGGAUCAGCUCAGCUUCUUACACUGUUACUGGAGUUACAGCACCCUGUCUGACAAUGAAUGUCACUUUCUUGGCUAAUAAUUCGUCCACCACAGGUCAAACCUUAAUCCGGCGAAGAAGACAUCUACAACUUGCACGAAUGAAUGCAGAACUGAUUGACACACUGCCGGCGCCCGAACUGAAGGGUGUCCAUGUGGCGGGACAGUCCCUGCAUGUGGAGUGGUCUCAGAUCUCAGGAGCUGAGUCCUACAUCCUCAUCGUCACAGAAGACACCCCGUCUCCACCCGCAGAGAAGAUCCUGUCCAUCUACAAGACUGAGACCGCUACUGUGACUGACCUGAAACCGGCAUCACUGUACUGCGUCAGCGUGUCUGCCAAAGAUGGAGCAAUCCAGAGCGAAUAUUCCAGACCCGUGUGUGUCUUCACUGAGGCCUGCGGGGUCAACUGUACAGCAACGUAGAUACAAGGACAACAACACAAAUGCACAUUCUUCUGUGAACUAGCAUAUGCGCUAUCUUAUGUUGCAUGCUAAAAACAACAAAAUCAAACUGUGCUGUCAGUGAACAAUAUUACUUAAAUUCUUGACUGAUUAUGUCCUUUACAAUGAACCCAAUCAUAAUCAAAUGAAUGAUUGAAGUUUUUAGUUUAAUAAUAAUCAUUUAUGCUGAUUGAAAAAGAAUAUGUGAUGUGUCUUAAAAUUGAAAUUACGUUGAUUGUCCAUAGAAAUCUGCUGUAAUGACUUUUUUUAAAUGAAGGUUUUGUAUUUAUCUUCAGAAGUCCAUUUCUGUAACUAGAUCUUUAGGUGAUUCAAUCAAGAAUGUUUAUUUAGCUAGAUCAAAUAAAUGGUUAAUUUAUCAAAUUUAUUUUUAAACCAUAUAUUGUAUUUUCUAUCUGAGGUAUACUAUGUAACAUUAUUAUAAAUCUGCAAUUAAUCUUUUUAUGCAUAAAGUCAUAUGAAAAAUUAAAGUCUGUGAAUGAAGAAACGUUUCAAA